UAAUGCUGUGUAAUCCAUUUACACCCAGAACAGAUUUAGUUUGUCGCUAAAUAUCAUUUGUAUUAUUCACAUCCAACGGUUUCAACACUACAUUUUACCAAUCUUUAUAGCCGUUGAGAUAUAAUAAAAUGCCCGUACUUGCCCUUCACGAGCAAAUUUAUGAUUGUUUUCAUUAGCGUUUGUCCAUUGUAGUAAGAACUAUAUAAGUAGGAUGAGGGAAAACCGUCCAGGUUCAAGGAAUCCAAGGAUUGGAAGGAACAUCUAUUUUCAUACUAUUGCCCCCAUUUUUAUAUCUCUACUUCUUGUUUACUUGAUUUUCCAGUGGAAAGGAGGUGAUUCGGGUAACAUGGGAGGCAGCAGAAUUCUGUUGAUUGGAGGAACUGGAUACAUUGGUCGACAUGUGGCAAAAGCCAGCAUUGCUCUUGGCCAUCCCACUUACCUUCUGGUCAGAGAGUCCACGGCUUCAAAUCCUGUUAAAGCUGAGCUUCUGGAGUCCUUCAAGGCAUCAGGUGGUCAAAUAGUGCAUGGAUCUCUGGGUGAUCAUACAAGUCUUGUGGAGGCAAUCAAGAAGGUUGAUGUGGUUAUAUCCACAGUGGGAGGGGCGCAGAUAAUGGAUCAGUUAAACAUUAUCAAGGCAAUCAAAGAGGUUGGAACCAUUAAGAGAUUUGUUCCAUCUGAGUUCGGAAAUGAUGUUGACAAAGUCCAUGCAGUGGAGCCUGCUAAGACCAUGUUUGGUAAUAAAGCCAAAAUCCGCAGGGCCAUUGAGGCAGAAGGCAUUCCCUACACGUAUGUUUCCAGCAAUUUAUUUGCAGGUUAUUUUUUGCCAAAUUUGGGGCAACCAGGCCUCUCUGCCCCGCCAAGGGAUAAACUUGUUAUUUUAGGGGAUGGCAAUGCCAAAGUUGUGUAUGUAAAAGAGGAGGAUAUUGGCACUUUCACCAUCAAGGCAGUGGAUGACCCAAGAACUCUGAACAAGACCCUGUAUUUGAGGCUUCCUUCCAAUACCUAUUCUUUUAAUGAGCUGGCAGCCUUGUGGGAGACGAAGAUAGGAAAGACUCUGGAGAAGGUCUAUGUCCCUGAGGAAGCUGUCCUCAAAAAAAUUGAAGAGACACCAUUCCCAGCCAGUAUUGGUAUUUCAAUUGGUUACUCUACUUUUGUGAAAGGGGACCAAACCAAUUUUGAAAUUGGACCUGAUGGUGUGGAGGGCAGCCAACUCUACCCAGAUGUGAAGUACACCACUGUUGAAGAGUAUCUUGACCAGUUUGUUUGACUAAGAAUUGAAGGUGACAAUAUACUAAUAUAGUGGGAUGUAUAGCUUUAAAGUUGACAAUAUAGGAGGUCUAAAAUCCAUUACCUGAGCACUAUCCACACUAUUUAAUAAUAAUAGGCAUAUCAGUAAGGAUUAAUCUCCUCUGCAGUAGUUGAGGAGAUACUUUUGUUUCUGUAUGUGGGUAUUUGUCUAAAUGGAGUUUGUCAUAAAGGACAAAUACUUGUUAUGGUAUUAAGUUUCUUUUGUUAAUUGUAUAUGAAACGAGAAAGUUAAAUGUUUUUUAUAGAUAAAUGGACACCAGAAUUAUAUAUAUGAAAUAAUAAUGUUAAAAUGUUUUAUACACAAAUGAAUAUAGCUGAAAAGUUUUUAAA